AUGAGCCAACCACAUUUCCGAUUAACGUAUGGCACCCCGCCGUCUGGUGUCUCGCCCGUCGUGCAGCAUUCUCGCUCCAACGCACAAUAUCGAAUUGGAAACACGAUGAAAUCGUCGUUCGGAGAACAUUUGGAUCGAUUGAAGGAUGAAUAUGGAAUGAUGAGCCACCAGCUGAGCCAGCAGCGCAGUGAAAUGGAGAAAUUGUCGGCAGAGAAGGAUAACAUGCAGCGUACAUAUCUGGCGUACUGCGAAAUGGGAAUGUCGCUUCAAGCAGAAAUGAGAAAACAGGAAGAGCUAUGCAAACGAUACACCAGUGUCAUUCAAUCGAUGAUUCAAUAUCUGCCGCAAGAGCAUCAGAACAGUGCAAUGUCAGCGUUGGAGCGCGCCAAACAAGUGUCGCCACAGGAAAUUGCUCAAGCAAUGAGCAACGGUAACGCAGCAGGCGGUAUGCCGUCGGGAUCCGGGGUUAUGGGAAUGUUUCCAGGCGGAAUGGCCGGAUUCGCCGGGCUCAAUCAGGCAGCAAUGGGCCAAAUCUUGAUGGCCGCUGCUCAGCAACAAGCGACGAACGGCCAGAACGGUGGCACCAACGAGAACGGACCCUCAUCGUCAAACGGGCAAGGCGAGGCGAAACGAAUGAAGAUGGACGAGAACGCCGAGGAUGGCGAGCUUGAGAUUGAUGUUACCGACGAGGGCACAGCGAAUCCAGCGGCUAGUAAUGCUCAGGCUUCGAACAGCUGCAAUUCUGGAGCCAAGAAUGGACGAGAGAGCACCAAUAGUGUUACGUCAUCUGGCGCAUCGACGCCAAGUUUGGCGAAGGCGCGACCGCCGCCACUCGACCCGAUGAAUAUGUUCGCGCAAUUAGGUUCUAUGAAUCCUAUGGCUGCACUCCAGGGUAGAAAUCCGAUGGGAUUGUUCACUGAUCCGCAUGCUCAGGUGAGAUUCGCUGCCGCUCUAUCGAUGACUGGUAAACCGUCGUACUCGUUCCGUGUCACCGAGGAUGGAAGAGUUCAGCCGACGGUGUUCCCGCCAGACGCGCAAACUGGAGCUGGAAUUCCGAAAGGAAUGGCGAAAAAGAUGGAGCUUCCACAUGGCGAAGUUGUGUGCGCGGUGACGAUCGCCCGCGACAACUCGCGCGUGUACACUGGCGGAAAAGGAUGCGUUAAAAUCUGGGACAUUCGAGAAUCCGAUAUUGCCAAUGGCGGAACGCCCGUCACCCGAGCGCCGGUCUCCUCUCUCGACUGCCUCAAAGAUAACUAUAUUCGCAGUUGCAAACUAUUCGAGGAUGGAUGCACUCUUUUGGUUGGCGGCGAAGCCAGCAAGAUUGCUCUUUGGGAUUUGACUACUGAGUCAAUCAAGUAUGAGCUCGAUUCGGGAUCUCAAGCCUGCUAUGCUCUUGCCCUCUCUGCCGAUGAGCGCCUUUUGUUCGCGUGCUGCGCCGACGGCAACAUUUUGCUCUAUGAUAUUGUGGCUCAAGAGAAGGUUGGCUCCCUUCCAGGACAUCAGGAUGGGGCUUCUUGCAUUGAUUUGUCGAAGAAUGGAAACCGAUUAUGGUCGGGAGGCCUCGACAACUCUGUCAGAUCGUGGGAUCUGCGCGAACGACGCGAAGUCUCUAAGCAUGACUUCAACAGCCAGAUCUUCAGUUUGGGAUGCUGCCCGACCGAUGAAUGGGUGGCGGUCGGAAUGGAGAACAACAACGUCGAGGUUCUCUCGACGAACAAACGCGAGAAGUACCAACUGCAUCAGCAUGAGUCGUGUGUUCUUUCGCUGAAAUUCGCGCAUUCUGGAAAAUACUUUAUUUCCACUGGAAAGGACAAUGCGUUAAACGCAUGGCGAACUCCGUACGGAGCAUCGCUUUUCCAAUUGAAAGAAUCGAGUUCUGUUCUUUCUUGCGACAUCUCGUUCGAUGACUCGCUCAUCGUGACGGGAUCCGGCGAGAAGAAGGCGACACUCUAUCAAGUCGAAUACCAUGUUUAA